AUUUAGUUUCCGCACUCCCUCAAUUGCGCUGCUCCAACAUGCACACGAACGGAGACCAGUCAGACGGCAUGAAUGGCGCCAACACUACCAAUGGCACGUCAAAGAGCCCCAAACUGCUAUGGAGACAUCCUUCCCCGCAGUCGACGCCCAUGUUCCAGUUCCUGGACAACGUAAAUCAGAAGUACGGCCUGCAAUUAUCGAAUUAUGAAGAGCUCCACAAGUGGAGCAUUGAUCAUAUUGACAAGCUCUGGAGCCGCGUUUGGGGUUUUGUAGGCGUCAGGGCGAACACCCAGGCGGUAAAAGUGGUGGACCCUAAGGCGCCAAUGUUUCCUCGCCCGGCCUUUUUCGAAGGUGCAAUGCUCAACUUCGCGGAGAACUUACUUUUCCCUGCUCAAGAGGUCGACCCUGAAAGUACCGCCAUAAUCGCCGCCACCGAAACAUCCCGCGAGGUUGUAACGUGGAGGGAGCUAAGAGAGCGAGUUACACACUGCCAAGCAGGUAUGAUAGCUUUGGGGUUGAAAGAUGGAGAUCGAGUAGCCGCCUACGUGGCAAACCAUACCAAUGCGCUGGUAGCCAUGCUAGCAGCGACUUCUUUGGGAGGCCUUUGGACUGCUGUUAGCCCUGAUACUGGGGUUCAUGCUGUACUGGAACGUCUGCGGCAAAUCGAACCCGCUAUCCUCUUUGCGGAUAAUGCAGCAUUCUAUAACGGUCGAAGCCAUCCAGUCUUACCCAAGGUGGGCGAAAUCGCGUCGGCGCUACCAUCUCUCAAGGCCGUCGUAGUGUUUCCCACUGUACCAUCCGUGGACUCCUCCAUCGACUCCAUAGAGGUACCGUCUGGGAAAGCGUACGAAUACAAGGCUUUCACUUCCUUGAAGCCUACGGUGGAGCUUACCUUCAAACGCCUCCCUCCGGAUCACCCCGUCUACAUUCUCUACUCAUCAGGAACCACUGGAGCGCCCAAAUGUAUCGUCCACGGCGCCAUUGGCACGCUUCUCCAGCAUAAAAAAGAGCACAUUCUCCACUGUUCCAUAACUCCUCAGUCCCGACUGUUUUACUUUACCACUUGUACUUGGAUGAUGUGGCAUUGGCUCGUUUCCGGGCUAGCAUCAGGGGCUACGCUCGUAUUGUAUGACGGCUCGCCCUUCCGAUACGUUGAUUCGACAGAUCCGCCCACUUCAGUUCCUGAUGACCUUGCAAUGCACCGCCUGAUCGAUGAAAUGGGUAUCACACAUUUCGGCACUUCGGCCAAAUACCUCUCAGUCCUCGAACAAAAGUCUGUCUCGCCUCAGUCCGCGGGCCUCUCGCUCAACACAUUAGAAGCUAUCUACUCCACUGGCUCACCUUUAGCGCCUUCGACGUUCAACUACGUCUAUUCCGCGUUUCCUCCGACCAUUAACUUAGGAAGCAUAACAGGCGGCACAGACAUCAUUUCGCUAUUCGGCGCCCCAAAUCCGCUGCUCCCAGUCUACGAGGGCGAAAUCCAAGGUCUAGGCCUGGGCAUGGCCAUUGCGGCGUUCGAUUACGCAGGUCAGGAUAUUACCUCCACGGGAGAACCGGGCGAUCUUGUUUGUACAAAGCCAUUCAUAUGCCAGCCCGUUAGCUUCUGGGGCAAGGAGGGCGAGAAGAAGUAUCGCAGCAGCUACUUCGAAAAGUUUGAGAAUAGUAGAGGAGAACCGGUAUGGCAUCAUGGUGACUUCAUUCGAUUUAACCCCGAAACCGGAGGUCUAUGGAUGCUUGGACGCAGCGACGGCAUUCUCAAGCCCGCAGGCAUCCGAUUCGGGUCCGCUGAAAUCUACAACGUCGUACUUGAGCAUUUUGCAGAGGAGGUCGCUGACGCUCUUUGCAUCGGAAGGAGGAGAGACCACGAUACUGACGAGACUGUCUGUCUGUUCUUGAAGAUGGCGGACGGCAAGCGGUUUUCAUCAGAGCUUGUUGAUGGAAUCAAGGCUAUGGUCAGGAAAGCGCUAAGUGCCCGACACGUCCCUGGGGUCGUAGACGAAUGCCCUGAAAUUCCGGUUACUACCAAUGGGAAAAAGGUUGAAGGGGCUGUCAAGCAGAUCCUGUGCGGCAUGAAUGUGAAGACCUCAGCGAGUGUUGCGAAUGCUGAGUGCUUGGACUGGUAUAGAGAGUGGGCCAGAGGUAACUAAGCCGUAGGGCUUGCGCUAGGAUACAGAACUGAUCUAGGAGGAGGACCUUGCUGAUUGCUUAGAAAUGUUUCCACCUAGUCUCAACUAGCAGUGCAUACCCGCACUGGAGCAAACGACGUUCCAUCCCGACACAUAAGUUCAAGUUCUUGUCUCCCUUCCUUAGUCAUCUUAGCAAGUC